GGCACACACCGUGAUCCAACACGUUCCUAGCCGACACACAAUUUCAGCAAGCCAAUAUGAAAGCCGUGCUCGCCGUGGUGAUCCUGGGCGCGGCAGCCGCCGCCUUUGCUACUGCAGUGCCCACCAAUCCCAGCACCGGGCAGCAUCGCCACCAAGACCAGCCUAACGAGAGACGCGAUAUCGGAGUGGGGGAUGUGAACUUCGGCCGUGAGAGCUUCAACCCCAACGUCAAUGUAAAUAACAAGCAUUAUCCUUCACCAGGUGCAUCCAGCGACUCUGGAGUGGGUAGGGUGAACUUCGGCGUUGGCAGCUUCAACCCCAACGUCAAUGUAAACAACACUGCCUACCCCCCUGUUCACGUACCCAUCGGAACCUACCACCCUCUGCCCUGUAACAAGCAGCGAACUCCCGUCUGUCAAUAAACUCAGCUAUAUCUAA